CUUCACUAAUGACAUAAUACCACUAGGACGAAUUGAAAGUAAUAUGAGUACUUCGUCCCAGGCAUAAUACUUGUGAGUUUUGCGGGGGUUUUUACCCUGUACUCUACUGAAGCUACUCUAGAGAAUUAACAAUCAUUAUGCCUAAGACGAAGUAUGAUGACGUGAUCCGACUCUCUCUUUCAUACUACUUGAAUGUUGAUCUUCCCGUCCGUCUGAGCAGACUAUAACAACUCUUAGCUUUGAUCCAGCCAUUCCUUAUCUAAAACAGACGGCGAUAUAUUCUAAUAUUCUUUAACGAACACUUUAGUGCUGUCAACAUGUCUUCUCUUUCACCUGAGGUGUCCAGUAUACUGAGCAACAUUUCGGAUGUUGCAAAAUUAUUAGAAGGAAACAAACCCGGAGCGAGAGAGAGUCUCAUAAGUCUCAGCCACAAGCUCAUUACGACUUUGGAAUUACCUUCUGAGGCUAUCCAGCGAAUUGGAUGGGCUGAGGUACGUUUCGCCUUUUCAAGCUGCCUUUUUCAGCACAACUGAAGAAAAUCCGGAUCCGCCGGACAAUGUUUCUACCACAUCUUUUCACACGGUCUUUCGAGAGAUAGGUCCGCAUCGCUAAUACGUCGACCUUCUAGCCAGCACGAAAUGCACAUUGCCGUAUCGGUGUUGAACUCGGUAUCUUCGAACUUUUGAAGAAAGCCGGAGAAGAUGGCGCAAGCACGACCUCUCUCGCCGAGAGCUCAAGAGUGGAAGGUUCUCUCCUUGGUAAAACAACCAGCGAUCAGCGCUUUCUGAUCAAGAAGUUACAAGACUGACGGGAAAGCAUUGCAGCGAGAAUGUUGAAACAUCUUUCAGCAAUGCAUGUGAUCAAAGAGAAGGGAGCAGAUACCUAUGCCUCGACUCCUUUGAGCAAUGCAUUUGUGGAGCCAAAGUUUAAAGAUGGAAUCAUCUACACGUGCGUAUCAGUUGUAGUAGUUUCAGUAUGGGGGAAACAACUGACACGAGCAUAGCUACGAUGUUGCCGGUCCAUCAUUUGCUUCUCUACCCUCAUAUCUCAAAAGCACAAAUUAUAAAAACCCCACUGAGCUAACAAAUGGCCCAUUUCAACAUGCACACAAGACCAAUCUCCCAUUUUUCGCUUGGCUUGAUCAGAACCCCCCUUACCUUUCCAUCUUCAAUAACUACAUGGCAGCCUACAGAGCGGGAAAAGCAAACUGGUGUGAUCCAGGUUUCUACCCUAUUGACAACCUCACUACCGGUUUCCAACCCGAGGAAAAGAUCUUACUAGUUGAUGUAGGUGGUGGGCUUGGUCAUGACUUAGUCGAGUUGAAGCAAAAACAUGGAGAUAAACUGGUAGGAGAGUUGAUUCUUCAAGAUAGAGAGGAAGUAAUCACUUCGCUCCCCACCACCGAUGGUUUCAAAUCGAUGUCACAUGAUUUUUUCACCCCUCAACCGGUACUCCACGCACGAGCUUACUAUCUUCAUUCCGUUCUCCAUGAUUGGGGUGAUGAGGAUUGUGCUCGGAUUCUUCAGAACCUGAUACCUGCUUUGAAGAAGGGAUAUUCGAGAGUAUUGAUUAAUGAGAUUGUGGUUUCGGGCGUGGAGGCCAGCUUAGCGAGUACGAGUAUGGAUCAGUUGAUGUUGAUCUUAGGUGCCAUGAAAGAGAGGACUGAAGAACAGUGGAGAGCUCUGGUUGGGAAGGCUGGGCUUAAAGUGAAAGCUAUUUGGAAGUAUGAGGGUGUUGCUGAGAGUUUGAUUGAAGUUGAACUUGAGGAUGGGGCUUAGCGAAGGGGUAGCGAAUGAAAUAACAGUGGCGUCGUACCUUCUUUCUUUUA